AUGACAGACAUUGAUCCCUCCGUUUUUCCUUCCAAACCAGAAACACCUAAGUUGGUCCCUGUUUUUGUGAUGAACUUCAAGUUAAAGGAACCAGAACCAGUUUUCUCUAAUCCAGAGUUAAGUAAAGCGUUGACCUUAGCGACAGUUGUUAAUGGAGAAAUCAAGACAGUUAAAAAUGAAUUGGGCUUGGAAUUCGAUGUGUCCAGAGUGGUUGGAUAUGAUAACUUGACUAGUGAUUUGCAUAGAGAUGUUACCUUACUAGAUUGUAGGUGCUACGGAAGAUUGCCUAACGGUAAGGGUGUCUAUAUCAAGUAUCCUGGUGUUGUCCAUAAUAAUGAACCUACAGUCAAUGUUCAGCUGGGUAAGACGAAGACCUCAACAUUUGAAGAAGGGUAUGUAACCUGUAAUCCUAGCUUUGAAUUUGAUGGAGGUAUUGAAGAUAAGUACAGAUGGGUGUUGCGGGAGAAUUUUAUCGGUAAGGGUAGGUUCGUUAGAGGAAAUAGCAAUGACUUGUAUGUUCAAUAUUACAUAUAUAUCUUACGUUGA